CACCACACCACGCUGCUUGUGUCGGCUCCCUUCUGCAAGCAUGGGUGACAACGUCGAGUCCAAGUCGCCCGGCGGCGAUGCCCACAUCGAAAAGGCAAUCUACCAUGUCGACGACAUUGCCCUCGACGAGAAAUCACAGGCUGUCCAGGACAAGGCCGCUGCCAUCGAGGCCGAGAAUGCUGAGCACAACAUGGGCGUGCCCCAGGCCGUCGCCGCCUACCCCAUGGCUGCUCUGUGGGCCUUUAUCAUGUCCUGCACCAUUAUCAUGGAGUCUUACUGUGUCUUCUUGAUGGGAAACUUUAUUGCCCUCCCCGCCUUCGCCAAGCAGUACGGUGUCCACAGCCCUGUCAACGACAAGUGGGUCAUUGUGGCUAGCUGGCAGUCUGCCCUCCAGAUGGGUGGUCCCCUUGGUGCCAUUAUCGGCGUGUGUCUGGCUGGUCCCCUUACCAGCCGCAUUGGAUACCGCUGGGCGACCAUUACCGGACUGAUGACCUUGAACGCCUUCAUCUUCAUCUUCUACUUUGCCAACUCGCUCCCCGUCAUGUUCGUCGCCCAGCUUCUCGAGGGUCUUCCAUGGGGAAUCUUCAUUGCCAACGCACCUGCCUACUGCAGUGAGAUUACACCCAUUCAGCUGCGAGCUCCCGCUACCCAGAUGUUGCAAAUGUUCUGGGCCAUUGGAUCCAUCAUUGUCACUGGUGUCACUUACCACUACAACCAGCGGGCAGACGCAAGUGCUUACAGAAUCCCCAUUGCGCUUCAGUGGAUGUUCCCCACCCCUCUUGCCAUUCUCAUCUGGCUCGCUCCCGAGUCUCCCUGGUGGCUUGUCCGCAAGGGCCGUUACGAAGAGGCCGAAAAAGCAGUUGGACGCCUGGGACGCAAGUCGAGGCUCAACCUCAAGGAAGCCGUUGCCAUGAUGCGCCGUACCAUUGAUCUCGAGAAGUCGGUCAAGGACCCCAACAUCACCGAGCUGUUCAAGGGUGUCGACCGCUACCGAACUGCCAUCGUCUGCGGUGUGUACGCCGCACAGAACUUGACUGGUAACCUCAUUGCCAACCAAGCCGUCUACUUUUUCGAGCAGGCAGGCAUGGCCACAAACACGGCUUUCGCUCUCGGUCUCAUUACCUCAGCUCUGCAGAUGAUCUUCGUCAUGCUAUCCUGGAUCCUGACCUCGUAUCUCGGCCGCCGAACCAUUUACGUGUGGGGAUCUGCAAUCAACGUGGGUUUCCUCAUUGCCCUUGGUAUUGCCGCCUCUUGCGGCAAGUCCACGGCCGCUUCCCUGGCACAAGCUUCGCUGGGUCUCAUUGUCUCUGUCCUCUUUACCCUCGGACCGGCGCCCGCGUCGUGGGUCAUUAUCGGCGAGACAUCCGCCAUCCGUCUCAGGCCCCUUACCACUGGUAUUGGACGUGGAUGCUACUACGUUGUCAACAUUCCCUGCAUUUUCCUCUCGAGUUACAUGCUCAACCCCGACGAGGCCAACCUUGGUGGCAAGUGCGGUUACGUCUGGGCCGGUACUGGCUUUGUCUGUUUCGCGCUCGCAUACAUCUACCUGCCUGAGAUGAAGAACCGAUCCUACCGUGAGAUCGACAUUCUGUUCAAGCGCAAGGUGCCAGCCCGCCAAUGGACAAAGACUCUUGUCGAUGCCGAAGACGACGAAUAAACAGCGCCUGUCGAGCAGGCCGACGUAUAAUGCGAAUUGCAGUAAUGUGUUGAGGCGGGUGUUGACCCUCCUCUGCGGGGGAAUAUAUCAACUACUUAGUUCAUGGCCUCUACACACGGAAACUAUAAACUUUGUUCUUUCCACACCCACUACUCUCCGCAG